UAAUGGCAACAAAGUACAAGCUUUUACCCAAAAAUUGGAACAUUUCAUCACUCACACUUGCAUCUUUCAAUCUCCUCACAACUCAUUCUCUUGAGAGUCAAAAUUUCAACCACAUGGGUAUCCCUCACUUUCUUGUUAUACCAUAUCCAGUUCUAGGACAUGUGAAUCCCCUUAUGCACUUGUCUCAGCUUCUUGCCAAACAUGGUUGCAAAAUCACUUUUCUCAACACAGAGUUCAGCCACAAACGGCUAAACACAACUAGUGGUGUUGGGCUAGACAACCUCAAAGGAUCAGAGAUAAAGUUUGUGACACUCCCAGAUGGUUUGGGCCCUGAAGAUGAUAGAAGUGAUCAGAAGAAAGUUGUUUUCUCAAUCAAAAGCAACAUGCCCACUAUGCUUCCCAAGCUCAUAGAAGAUGUCAAUGCUUUGGAUGUUGACAAUAAGAUCACCUGUAUAGUUGUCACAAUGAGUAUGGCUUGGGCCUUGAAAGUUGGCAACAAGUUGGGAAUCAAAGGGGCUCUUCUAUGGCCAGCAUCAGCUACUUCUUUGGCCUUGUGUGAUUGCAUCCCAAGGCUGAUUGAUGAUGGGAUUAUAGACUCAUAUGGAAUUCCCUUUAAGAAACAAGAAAUUCUACUCUCCCCAAAUAUGCCUUUGAUGGACACCUCAAACUUACCAUGGCGCGGCCAUGAUAAGUUACACUUUGAUCAUAUUGUGCAUGAGAUGCAAACUAUGACGUUAGGAGAUUGGUGGCUUUGCAACUCUACCUAUGACCUUGAACCAGCUGCUUUUUGCAUAUCACCAAGGUUCCUACCAAUUGGCCCCUUGAUGGCAAGUGAGAGCAACAAAAGUUCAUUUUGGCAAGAGGACACAACUUGCUUAGAAUGGUUAGAUCAACAGCCGCCUCAUUCUGUCAUAUAUGUUUCCUUUGGAAGUUUGGCAGUAGUGGAGCCCAACCAAUUUAAAGAAUUAGCUCUUGGACUUGAUUUUCUUAACAAGCCUUUUCUUUGGGUUGUACGUCCUAGUAAUGACAACAAGGUAAACAAUGCAUACCCUGUUGAAUUUCAUGGAAGUAAAGGAAGAAUUGUAGGUUGGGCACCACAAAAGAAGAUAUUGAACCACCUUGCCAUUGCUUGCUUUAUUAGUCAUUGUGGUUGGAAUUCUACUAUAGAAGGCGUAUGUGGUGGAAUACCUUUCUUGUGUUGGCCAUUUGCUAAGGAUCAACUUGUUAACAAGUCAUAUAUUUGUGAUGUGUGGAAGGUUGGAGUGGGAUUAGACAAAGAUGAAAAUGGAAUAAUAUCAAAGGAAGAAAUAAGGAAGAAGGUGGAGCAAUUACUUGGGGAUGAAGACAUUAAGGCGAGUUCCUUGAAACUAAAGGAAUUGACAUUGAAGAACAUAGCUAAAGGUGGUCAAUCUUCAAAAAAUGUUGAAAAGUUUAUCAACUGGGCAAAGUAACAAUACUUUGGAUUAGAUGUUUUUUGUUUUUUUUCUUAAUGUUUGAAAUUCAUUACGUACAUAUAUUUAUGUAAUAGACAAAAUGAUCUAGAAUAAACGUGUCCUGUCGUAUACAUCCCGUUUGUGUUGUAAGUUCAUUCAAUGAAUCGUGUGUUCCUUUCAUUAAUUAUUAUAGCCAAUCUGUUUUUAUGUGUUG